UUAGAAAGAUAAAACGUAUCGUGAAAAAGAAACAAUUUUUUCGAUCGCGUCAAUCUUACGAACUAAAAUAAUUUAAUAAUAUAAAUUUGUUAUUCUAUUUCCAGAUCCUCGCACAGGGUUUCAAAGAGAGGUGUUUCGACAACUUUGACAAUUAGUGCACGUAGCUAUGGGUUUUUGAUCUCUAUGUCGUUAAGCAAUUUCCAUUACACGUAAAUCUUCUCACGGCCAAGUGAUAAAAAGUGUUGUUAUAAACUUGGCUAUUCGAAUGCAUAAGUUUCGGAGGAGAUUGAUAUUAAUAUUAAAAAAGUACGACUAGAGCAAGAGAUGAGCAUCGCGACGGUGGUUGGUGCCGCUAUAAAAACAGCUACUGUCCUUCUUGGAGUUGGUAUCGGCAAGAUAACUAUAAUCCCAGUACUGAUUGCCGCGCUCGCAUACUUCAAUUAUGACCUCAUGGAUCCAGAAAACCAUCCGCGCGUAACGAGACAAUUGAGGAAGGACUACGACUUUAUUGUGAUCGGCGGUGGCUCAGCUGGCAGUGUGCUUGUCAACAGGCUGACAGAGAAUCCUGAAUGGAAUGUGCUUCUACUGGAGGCCGGAGGUCAUGAAACUGAGAUAACCGACGUGCCGAUACUAUCGUUAUAUCUGCACAAAAGUAAAGUCGAUUGGAAGUACCGCACGCAGCCGCAAGAUACGGCCUGUCAGGCGAUGGUCGAUCGCCGAUGCUGUUGGACUAGAGGCAAGGUUCUCGGAGGAUCCAGCGUUUUAAACACGAUGCUUUAUAUUCGCGGCAAUCGACGUGAUUUUGAUCAAUGGGAAAGCUUUGGGAAUCCUGGCUGGGGAUACGAAGAUGUAUUGCCGUACUUCAAAAAAUCGCAGGACCAAAGGAAUCCAUAUCUCGCACGCAAUGCAAGAUAUCAUGGUACAGGAGGAUACUUGACCGUACAGGAUAGCCCGUAUGUCACCCCGUUGGGCGUAGCGUUUCUUCAGGCAGGAGAAGAGAUGGGCUACGAUAUUUGUGAUAUCAAUGGCGAGCAACAAACUGGUUUUGCCUUCUUCCAGUUCACGAUGCGACGAGGCGCUAGAUGUAGCACCGCUAAGGCAUUUGUACGACCGAUCCAGCUGAGAGAAAAUUUUCAUCUCUCCUUGUGGAGCCAUGUAACCCGCGUGCUGAUAGAUCCGCAAAGUAAAAGAGCGUAUGGAGUAGAGUUUAUCAGAGACGGUCGUAAGGAAGUGGUGUUCGCCAAGAAAGAGGUGAUCCUUUCGGCCGGCGCUAUUGGUAGCCCUCAGCUGUUGAUGCUUUCGGGAAUAGGUCCGCGCGUACAUCUUGAGCAAUUGGGAAUUCCCGUGAUUGAAGAUUCACCCGGGGUUGGGCAGAAUCUGCAGGAUCAUAUAGCGGUUGGUGGGCUCGUUUUCCUAAUCGAUUACGAAAUCAGUAUCGUUAUGAAUCGGAUGGUGAAUCUUAACUCGGCGCUGAGAUACGCCAUCACUGAGGACGGCCCGUUAACGUCCAGCAUCGGUCUCGAGGCGGUUGGCUUCAUUUCCACCAAAUAUACCAAUCAGACCGACGAUUGGCCCGACAUCGAAUUCAUGUUGACGUCCUCGUCAACCAAUUCAGACGGUGGUAGUAACGUCAAGAACGCUCACGGUUUGACGGACGAAUUUUACAACGACGUAUUUGGUAAAAUCAAUAAUCACGACGUCUUCGGCGUAUUUCCGAUGAUACUCAGGCCCAAAUCACGCGGUUACAUCAGACUGAGAUCGCGGAACGCAUUGGACUACCCACUACUGUAUCACAACUAUCUCACACACCCGGAUGACGUGGCGGUGCUUCGCGAGGGUGUCAAGGCGGCUAUCGCUUUCGGCGAGACCAGCAGUAUGAGAAGAUUCGGCUCUAGAUUCCACAGCAAGCCACUACCUAAUUGUAAGGACAUUCCACUCUAUACGGACGAGUACUGGAAUUGCGUCGUCCGACAAUACACCAUGACGAUUUAUCAUAUGAGCUGCACCGCAAAAAUGGGCCCGCCCGACGAUCCGAUGGCAGUUGUCAACCCGGAGCUCAAGGUCUACGGGGUCGAGGGCUUGCGGGUGAUUGACGCGUCCAUCAUGCCGACUAUAACCAGCGGCAACAUUAACGCACCUGUAAUCAUGAUAGCCGAGAAAGGCGCGGAUAUGAUAAAGGCAAGCUGGACAGGACGGUCUCGUCUCAAGAGGGACAAUGUCACUGCCGCUGCUUCCUGAUACAUCGAUUGCUAAGUAGUUUAUUUAGUAACUUAUUCCAACGUUUCGACCAUCCGGAUUGUGAUCCUUUUCAAGGAAAAAAUAACAUAUAUCUACAAUCUUCGGAGAAACAUUCGGAGAAACCGUUCGUACUCGUAUAACAAAUUGAUUGUCAAGACAGAGUAAAAACAGAAUAUAAUUAUGUUUAUAAUUUUUAUUGUGUAUGUGUGUAUAUGAGUGUGUGUGUAAUGUAUAUAAUGUACUGUAGCAUAGAUAUGUACGGUCAAGUGGAAAGUUAAAUCAAACGACAGCUUUAAAUAGUAGCACUACGCAUUUUCGUGAGAGAAAUUAAUCUCAAAUCUAAUACCGGAAUAGCUCGUAAGAAGGCAAGUAGGAAGAAAGCAGAAAAGUAAUAAGUUCGCAAUAGUAAAUUUGUCCGUAAAUAAAAUUUUUCUCGUAUAAUACAAGGUUCAAACAUUUGGUAAUACAGUUUACGUUUACAUUAAUGCAACGUGCAACGUAAUAACAGUACUCGGUGUGUGCUGUUAUUGCACUCUCGUUUCGUUCAUCCGAUUCUUUUUGAUUAUUUUUGCCAAAAAUGCCAUCUCGCUUCAGAAGAGGGAGUAUUUUCAUGGAAUAUCAAUGAAAAUUCAUUUAUUCGGCGCGAGAUUCUGGCGUCUUCUUAAUUAUGUCGACAAAGACGUUGUGUAAUAGCGGUUUGUGAAAAUUCAGCACUAGAGUAGAACAAGUCACGUCGAAAUGUUGUUGAUUAAGACAUCUCUACUCCGUAAAUAAGUGUGUUUCAAAAUAUUCAUAAUUAAAUGUUGGAUACUCGACCGGAGAGAUGAAUCGAGGAGAUGAUUAUAAUUAUAUACAAAUGUUGCGUAUGAGGUUUGCCAUAGUUGUGCCAGGGGUCAUGCCGGCGAGAUUUCCUUUUUUCGUUACGCACAAUAAAGAUGUGUAUUAAUUAAGAUAAGAGUCCAUUAACGGUAAAUGUGUUCCACUUUUAUAAGACAAAGAUUUUAUUAAAUAAAUAAAAUAAUUUUACCGAUAAUCUUUUUUUUUAAAUUGAUUCCUUGAAAUUUACCUGACGUAUUCGAUCCAAGUUAAAAACGUUGUAACAUUAGUAAUUAUUUUGGUAUUUUAAUAUUUUACUAUUUUUAUCUGAUUGUGAGAGAUCUCUGUAGAGUUAGAGAACAGAAACGAUAUUUUUUAUUGACUCAGAUCUUGAUAGACAAGUAAUAAAAAUGGAAAAUAUAUUUCCUUAUAAUUGUAAGACCAGUAAUAUAGCGGAAUGUUCUAAUUAUAUACAAAGGGUUACGUGUAAAUGAGAAUACGAGUAUUGCGAUUUUACAUAUCCAUUUAAGCUAGACAACUGAUAAGCUAAACUGAUAUGGAAGUUUGUUGAGUCGAUUAGAUCGGGUAAAAUGCAUCAGCCGUAACUAAUCUGCAAUUGCGUUAGGAUAACUACGCUCUCCAUUAUAACGACAUGACAUAUGGUACAAUUGCUGCUGUAAUUUCGGUUCUGUCGUAAUCAACUUUUUAUCGAUUUGUCCAUACAAAGGUAUACCGCACAUAGUACGUACAAUGGUACAAAUAGACUGCCACAACGAUAUUGUGUAAGCUCUGGCGAAAGUACCAUGCGUGUACACACUGACAAUGGGGUCUUUAUAACAUAUUGAGAUCCUUACGGUACCAAUGAAAACUUUGACGCAUCGUUAAAAGUUAAGCGGUUAAUAACGCAUUUAACAUUAUUUUCUAAAUUUGAUAUGUAUGUAUGUAUAUAUGUAUCUAUGUAUAUGUAGACUUAUACAGAGGGGAUACGAGAUGUAGUGUAUCACAGUACGUGAAUACUAGAUUUGGUUUCUGGCUCGAAGCUACGUAAGUUUGCCAUUUUAUUACGACGUUUCGUAAGAAUUUCAAUUUAUUUCAUCAUGGGAGGAGACAGCUCGAUCUGAUACUAAUACAAUAUCAGGUUGCUUCUCCCUGAUUAAGUCAACGGCGAGAUGUGACCGCCCGGCGGUCAAAUUUAUUGUCAAAUUUGGCGGUCACAUCUCGCCACGCGCUCGAAUUGGGAGGUGGGCCGGGCUAAGACGACAAUUUUGACUAAUUAAUUAUUCGUUAUCUAUUGCGAAAAUUGCAAAAUGGUACAGGACGCUUUUCGACUCGGUCUAGUCCGCUCUACCUGCACACCAAAAAGUCCCCAAUAUUCAAUGACACCCUGUAUAUUCGCCAUAAUUUAGAUAGCUUUAUUCUAUCUUUCUCUUAAUUACUUCUCCUACUACUUUUCAAUGUAGGACACUCGAAAUUUGAAAUCGAUUCCGCAGCGUCCCUGAAUGCGUCAUAUCGUUCGAGAAAUGAAAGUAAAUUUCACCUGUAAAAUUUCUUAUGUAAUCCAUCCAGUGACAUCGCGAGAUCGUCCAUUCUCCUGCUCCACAGAUUCACCGAUAUUCGUUGCAACUUCUUCAAUAUAUAAUUUAUUAGAAAAAUUCUAUUUUUCUGUAUUAGAAGAGCAUGUAUUUAGAGUCACUAUUAAAAUUAUUUUAAGUAAAAGUGUCACGUAAAAUAACCGAUAUUGAGUUCUUCAUACUUAAAAGAGAAACUUUUUCAAACGCAACAUGUGCUUAAUAUUUAAUACGUGCUGAAAUUUACAAAAUGUACUGGCAUUCUUGCCUAAGCAACAAUUAAUAUUAAUUAAAGUGAUCGAAGAAGUGGUCGGCUCCGGCAAGCGAAAUUUAUUUUCCGACUUGUUUUCCUCGAGUACUUUCAAAAUCAGGGUUAUAAGGCAAGGGUAUAAGGCAGUGGUACACACGUACCAACACGGUAUACGAUUUGUAAAUUUAUGCUCCACGUUCUUAGUUUUCUAUAAAUCGUAAAUACUGCUUGUAAUGUGACACGAGUAUAAAGAAGCUUGGACGAUUUCAGAGAGCAUGAUUUCGAAUAAAAAAUAUUAUCUUUGCUCCGCGCCAUCUUUGCAUCGAAAUAAUUAAUUAAAAAUAGCACAAAAGAAAAUCCGUAGUUAAAACAUGUACAUGACCUGCUGAAGUUUUUUAUUUUCAAAUGAAUCAUUACAAAGGCCAAUGUUACGAGCGAAUAAAAGAUAAAAGUCAAAUAGUUAAUAAUUUAAAACAUUUACUUGGUAUAUGUUAAAAUUCGAGGGUAUACAGAAUUGUUGCGAACGUUUCACAGCACCUUCUUCAGCGCAAAUUUUGAGUUUAUAAUAUAAAAUAGUAAAAAUAUCUAAAUUUAGGUUAAUAGUAUAAAAUGGUGAGAAUGUAUAAAGUGUAUAAAUAAAUUAACUUGUAUAAAUAAGGUCAAAAAGUAAAAGAUAUAAGAUGGAGUUUGUGUCUAGAGUUAUAAGUCGCAUUUUCUUUCUAGUUAACUUAUCGUGUGGUUUUUGUUUUCCGAGAUCUGUUCUUUCCCGUCUAAUAAC